AUGAAUGAAAUCUUCUACUCAGGGCCUUAUACCAUAAAUAAUAGACCUAUAAUUCUUAAACUAUGGACUGUGGAUUUUGAUUUCAGUAAGGAAUUCCCUAUAACAAUUCCUCUCUGGGUGAAAUUUCCAAAACUUCUGAUGUCUUGCUGGGGGAAAGGCUCAUUGAGUAGAAUAGCUAGUGUCAUUGGAGUACCAAUAUAUGCUGAUGAAUGUACUGCUAAACAAACAAGGAUCUCUUAUGCUCGAAUGUUGAUUGAAGUGAAUGUUACUCAACCACUGCCUGAUAAGAUUACUGUUAUGGACCUUCAUGAGAAAGUGUUUGAGCAGGAGGUUCUAUAUGAUUGGAAACCUAAGUUUUUCCCUAAAUGCUCAAUGGUUGGACAUGUAUGCCAAACAAUGCAACAACAAACCUUUCAACUCCAGAAGAAGCAAGGCACUAGAAAAGUUGAACAAGAAUGGAAACCUACAGGUGUGAUCAGAGAGCCUGCUCCAGAAAUAAAAGAAGCUUCAGUGCAAAAACAAGUAGAGGAUAAGCCCUCCCAAGGUGCAAAAGGAAAAAUGGUUCAGGUGGACACAAAUUUAGAGAGAAGAAUAGCUGAAGUUCCUCAAAGCUCUACCAGCAGAAUUCAGAAUGGAGAAGUAGUAUAUAGCCCUGAACUGAACUUGACUGAUUUCCCACUUUUGGGAUCUUGGCCAAAGAAGAAUGCAUGGGGAAAUACUUCCAGAAGGCUCAGUGAAUAUGAUCAAGCACCUCCUGAUAAAGGAGAACAACCACACAGUACCUAA